GCUCCACUGUCAUACAUAACAGGUUUGAUCGUUGAAGUUCGGUUAACUAACGUUAGCAUGAUCACCUAGCAGUCAUGCUAUUGCCCCCCCACAACGCACAUGUUGCGUCCCACCGCGUAACGACAUCAUUCAGUGGGGAUUAGUCUAGAAUUUAAAAUUCGAUCCCAUUGACGACCCCCUUCCUCCCAAAAUCUUAUGACAUUGACGCCCAAAAGCCCCGCAGCAGCAACCAGACGUCCCCGUCCCUGAAGCUGUCGAAUGGCUUCAUUCUGCCCGAAGGCAAACUGACCCCCAACGCCCUCUUUGUUGGUGGGAUCGACAUGAAGGUGGAUGAAAAUGAAAUGCGGGACUUCUUUGCAAGAUAUGGAGUUGUUAAGGAAGUGAAAAUUAUCACAUAUCGUGGAGGGAUCUGCAAAGGGUACGGGUUCGUGUACUUCAACGAAGAAGUCAACAUUCAGUCAAUCAUUGAGCAACAGAUCAGUUUUAAGGGUCGGAAGCUCAAGCUGGGUCCUGCCAUCAUGAAGGAAAGGAGCUCCCGGUCCAUGCCGUCCCGUCUGGUUGGCCCUGCUCCCUGGAUAAGCCCCACUCCGUACUUCUACUGCGGCUGCAGUGCACCCAUGGGAGGGAGUAUGGCACAACCUUCGCCCGUCCUCAAUGGCGGCACCCCCUACAAUCACCCGUACUCUUACUCAAACUUUGGAGGGGUCAUGAUCCCACAUAUGCCGUUAAACUACGCACAGAACGCUUACGCCUACCAGAGCUUUGUUGACUGUGGAGUCCAGAACUUUGUUGACUGUGGAGUCCAGACUAUGAUGACUGUAUUGUAGCCACUGAGCCCCCUGCCAGAUGCACGCUACAGUGAGUCACAAUGCAGAUCUGAUGACCUCUUCAUGUUCCGGGUGGCUGGAAGCAAACUAGCUUCUCUCACUGUUUCCUGAAUGAUACUCUUCCCUCUUUUUCCCCCUCCCUCAAUUUUUGAUACCAAUUUUAACACCAGGCUGCAGGAGCUCUCCACUCUAACACUUUGACUGGUGUGGACCACUGUCGAGUGGUCAGACCGCUUUUAACCCACACGGAUCACAGUGACAGUCACACAGGAAGAGGAAGAAAAAAAACCUCGCCAUACCAGCUGGAUUUUUGUUUUUUACAUACAAAAGAGAAAAAAAAGACUUUUAAGCUCACUCUUUUGUGCCUAUUUAUGUUAUAUUUAUUUUUUGGAAUUAUAUUAUACGUUUGGUUAGUUUGGGCCAUUUUUAGCUUCUGCAAAGGCUCUGUGUACGUCAAAGGCACAUUUAUAAAUAUAUAUGUAUAUUGCAACAAUGUCUUGACAGCAAUCUUGUAGUUUGAGAAGUUGGUGCAAAAUGUGACUAAUUCCAAUUCAGUUUCUAAUGCUGCCCUUUUUGAUUACGAAAUCUAAUUAACUUGUCUAUUACAGUCUAAGGGCACUUGGUCAUUCCAUUAAUGCCAAGCACUCAUUCAUUUAGUUCCCUGUUCUAUUUAAUUGGUUGUCGAUUGAGGCUUUAAAUGAGCGUCAGUUUAGUCUCAUUACGGCGGCGUGCAGACUUUGCACGUAGCAGGACGCCCACCGUCCGCGCGUUGCGUCUCUAAACCGGCCCGGCCCGUCCUGUGACCGGGUGGUUCUCCCAAACGGGUCCCACUACAAGUACAGUCCGCCAUCGUUCCUUUAUUUUAUUUUCCACCCAUUUACUAGUCAAUCAACUCCCAUUUGGAGGGAAAUACAGACGAGGGCUGUUUUAAUCCGCUUUGAAAAACGAAGGACCGGAUUGAAAGGUGCUCUCUGCCUCUUUGGGGGGAAUUGUUUACUGUACAUGGUUCACUUCAUACUUUUUGUUGUUUCUCUAGUUGGGUUUUAAUCUACUCGCAGAGGAAUUUGCACAAAGUAUUUUGCUGUCAUUGUAAGAGGGAACAAUGAGGCUUUUAUAAAAGUAUAUAUGUAUUUUUGGUAAGUGCACUGCAUUUGUUUUCUGUGAAACUUGUAUGGUUGAAGGUGUGCAUUUGAUGCAUGUCACACGCUUUGUUUUUCUUGACCCAGUUCUGCCUUGUGGCAUUGACCCGGCGGGUCUCCUCACCCGACGUCUUGAUUGUCCUUUAGACUCGUUUCUGUUCAGAGAACUUGGGCGCCGCACUGUUUUGGUUUUAUGUUUGCAGGGUUCGGGUGUGUGUGUUGUUUGACAAAACAAAUAAAAGUUGAAGUGUG